GAGGCAGGCGGCGGGUGUUCUGCCGAGGUGGACGUGGCGGGUCCGGCGGAGCGAGCUACAAGUGACGGGCAGCGGAGCCGAACCGAGGCGGACAGCCAGCCGGCCAUGAACCGGACCCCCCACAGGCUGGUCUCAGUGAGGUGUGGGUGCUGACUCUGAUCCUCCGUCUGAUUGGUUCUCGGGGACUCGGGCCCUGCAGCCCCUCCUGAGUCCGGACCGGACCUUCACCAUCGGGGGGGAGUGGAGGGAGGAGGAGGAGGAGGGGGAGCCUCAGCGAUCCUUCAGGUGUGAAGCAGCACGGCGAGGAGGGUUAGCUCUGCCUCCCGCCAUGACGGACUUGGAGACUGAGUGCCUGAGCCUCGGCCUGCCCCCUGAGUGCGGUUCGCCUCCGCCGCCUCUGGACCCGUCCCUGCAGGGUGACUGUGGCCCGGGCCCCGCUGGAUCGGCCCCGACGCCCACUCUGGCCCUCCUCUCCUCGGACUGCCCCACACCGACGCUCAGCUCGCUGGCGGCGGAGAUUGCCGAGCCGCUGGUGAUGCUGCCGUGCGUGAAGAGCGAGCCGGAGGACGGAGACCUGGAGCCCAUCAGGACCGUGGACCUGUCAGAGAUCCAGCCGCUGUCCACUGCCGAACUGGGUCAGGACCAGAUCAAGAUGGAGAUCAGCGGCCUCGACUACAUCAAGUCUGAGCACCACGGUCACCAUGGCAACCACCACCUUGGCCCGUUUCACCAUGGUGAUGUCACUGAGCUGGACUACAAGUCGCACUACGAGCCCAGCUCUGUGUUCGACUACAUCUCCCAGGUCACAGACACUCUGGAGUACAUCAAGUCGGACCACCACGUGGACCUGCAGUGUUACUACACCACCGAGCUGAGCUCCCUGAAGUCCGAGUACUGCGACUCCAACACCAUGUCCACCCACCUGCAGCACAACGGCCUCGAGUCCAUCCACAUGGCCGAGCUGCGCACCGAGCUCAACAAGCUCCGCCCCGACGCCCUGCUGAUGGACGGCAUGGGCAAAUUAGACCCAGAGUUCGGAGGAGCGGCGCUGUACGAGCUGCAGCCCGCCGAGGAGGGGAAGACCUCUGCAGAGGGGACGGUGGCGGGACAGGGAGGCGGCAAUCAGGUGAUCACGACCAAAACUCAGAGCUCGACGGUGAGGAAACCUCGCAACAUGCAGGGCGAGAAACCGUUCUCCUGCACACAGUGUGGGAAGAACUUCAGCACGCUGGGGAACCUGAAAACUCACCAGCGCAUCCACACGGGCGAACGGCCCUACACCUGCUCGCAGUGCGGCAAAAGCUUCGGCCAGGCAGGGAACCUCAAACGCCACCAACUGAUCCACACGGGCCAGAAGCCGUACGUGUGCGCUCACUGCCCCAAAGGCUUCACGAAGGCCGACGACCUGCGAUCGCACCAGCGGCUGCACACUGGCGAGCGUCCCUUCAUCUGCGCCACCUGCGGCAAGAGCUUCGGCCAAUCCAAGGAGCUGAAGGCCCACCAGCUAAGCCACACUGGCGAGCGGCCGUACUGCUGCCAGCACUGCGGCAAGAGCUUUACCAAGGAGACAAGCUACCGCAACCACGUGCAAAUCCACACCGGCGAGAAGCCCUUCACCUGCUCGCAGUGCGGAAAGACUUUCAGCAACUCGGGCGUCUUAAAAACCCACGAGAAGAUCCACACCGGUGAGCGGCCGUUCGGCUGCACGCAGUGCGGCAAGAGCUUUGGCCGCCUCGGCCACCUGAAGGCCCACCAGCAGAUCCACACGGGCGAACGGCCGUACGCCUGCCCACAGUGCGCCAAGACUUUCAGCCAGUCAGGUCACCUCAAAGCACAUGAGCAGAUCCACAAGCGAGAGCGAGCGGAUACGGCGAGCACCAGCAGCGAUGGCAGCAGCAGCAGCACUGUGGGCAGCGACAGUAGCUAAGAUGAACCUUUAACCUCCGGAGAAACAAAGUAUUAUCCCUUUUUUUUUUUUUUUUUUUUUUUUUUUUUUAUAAAUACUCUAUAUAAAGUUUCGUUAUGAGUUUUUCUUACAUUUUCAUACCUUUUGUGCUCUUUUGCAUUUUAUCUGUGGGCAGGGUGGACUGACUGAUUUGCUCUUAUGCAAGUGUCUGUGUUAUAUAUACUGUGUGUCUGUGGGGCAGGGGGCUGUAGAUACUGACCGUAGAGUACCGCCACUUAUUUUUGGAGUACUUACGAUACACAAGCACAAAUUCUUCAGUGACCAAGUUUGAGUACUUCUUUUUGUAUUUGCUGUUUUUUACUGAAACAGACCAGCAGCUCCUGACAGAGCAGGACCCCGUUUACCGAGACCCGACGCAAACUACUGUAUGUACGUAUUUACAGGCUUUUCAGACGUGGGAUAGGUCACGUUGCUGCUUCAUCACUCCGUUAUUCUGUCGUUCGUGUUCCUCACAGCUUCAUUCAGACGCUCCCACUACAGUUCUGCGGAGACACGGUACGAUAUUUGUCAUUUACGGCGAAUUAAAUAGCUACCAAGUCAUGUAUAACACAUGAUAAUGCAAAAACAAACAAACCACAUCUAAAGUAUAGAUGCAUAUUUUGAAGAGGUGCAGUGGUGACAACAGCUUCUCCAAUCGCAUAGAUAAUCAGCCAGUAAACCUCAGCGAUGUUGUCAUGAAGCACUUCAGCUCAUAUUUAGAAGCGCAGCGGUAGGCAUUAAGCUCCCCAUAAGUCUUUGUCAUGGUGCCCCUUUACGAGCUAAACUCUCCACAAUUCUCUCUGCUUGCUAAUAUGAACUGUUGUCUGAGUGACGCCUCCUCUGUUCUCUGCAGUAUUAAACAAUAAGUGGCUCCACCUGGUGGAACAACCAGCUCCUACAGCUGCUCUACUUUUAUUGACAGCAUGACCUUCUUCUAACCUUAUCGGUUAAUAAUUUAUUUAACUUGUUAAAUUGUUCAUCUAAACUGUCUGAAUAACAAAAGCCAAGUUUAAUUCUGAUUAUAUAAACAAAGUAUUCUGUCCUUGUGUGAUGAUAGUUUAGGUAGCUAAACUAUCAUCAGGAUUACUAUUGCAACAACACAUCACCAGUAGGGUAAAACUAACCUGUCUCACGACGGUCUAAACGCAGCUCACGUUCCCUAUUAGUGGGUGAACAAUCCAACGCUUGGUGAAUUCUGCUUCACAAUGAUAGGAAGAGCCGACAUCGAAGGAUCAAAAAGCGACGUCGCUAUGAACACUUGGCCGCCACAAGCCAGUUAUCCCUAUUACUAUCCCUAGCUAUCCCUAUUACUUUACCAAGUAAAGAUGCAAAUUUAGAAAGAUUCUUUUAUGAAUAAUAAUUACCAGUGUUAUCAAUAAUUGAUAAUGCAAACUGAGUGCAAUAGACACUGUUGGUAAAUGGUCUGUAUUUAUAUAGCGCUUUACAUGAUACAUCACAUUCACCCAUUCACACACUGAUGGUGGAAGCUGCCAGUAAACCUCAGCGAUGUCAGCUCAUAUUUAGAAGCGCAGCUGUAGGCAUUAAGCUCCCCAUAAGUCUUUGUCAUGGUGCCCCUUUACGAGCUAAACUCUCCAUAAUUCUCUCUGCACUACCCAGAAGGCGCUAACCACGACUCAUCAGGAGCAGUUAGGGGUUAGGUGUCUUGCUCAGGGACACCUCGACAUGAGCACGACAGGCCGAGGAUCGAACCGACAACCUUCUGGUUGCAAGACGGCCACUCUACCCACUGAUCCAUGCCACCCCCAUUGUUCUAGGUAUCGCAUAGAUAUUUUUAACAUCAAACGUGGCACAAAUCAGCACUGCAGCUCAGUCACACAUAUCAUUAUGCUGCAUGCUUAUUUGUGUAAGUCCUAGCUGGUAUCCAUUAACCAUAACAGAAGUCUUUGUCAUGGUGCCUGUUGCUCACUAAACUCCCACAGCAACUGUAGUCUGAGUGACGCCUCCUCUGGUCCCUACAGUAUUAACAGUACUACAGCUAAUCUACAUUUACUGACAUCAUGACCUCCUUCUUCUGUCAUCAUUCAUUAUGUUUUUAAUCUGUUACAUUAUUGAUAGCAGUCACCAACAAUAAAGUACAGUGUGACUGCUGUUAGGUCCGUUCUGACACCACGUCUGAUCAUUUAUACCUAAUUAAUGCUGCUGCAGUUACUUAAUAACCUCAGAGAGAAAACUUCAGUCCUGGAUUGCUUUCAUUGUUACAUCUCAUGGACAUUUUGGAUCUAACCCGUCCGACCUCGUAGGACUUUUACAGAACUCAUUUUUCUCGUGCAUGAAGCCGACAUGCUGCCGUCAGAUUUCACUUCUGAAAAAGGCUUUAGAUUCAUAAAGAACACAGGCGAUGCACGUCUCAUUCAGUCAGAAUAGAUAAUAAAAUGUCUUGUUUGUCCGUCAGAACAGAGAGAAAACAUUCCGUUAAUUCACGUGAAGCUGGAAUCCCAUUUAAAAGCAGAAUGCUGGUGCUUCAGAAGCUCCUUCCAUCUUCAGUCGGCGGUUUUCGGUAAACGGGGCCCAACUUCAGGUUCCUCCGUUUGGCAGUGAAAGUACUUUCUGCCAGUUUACGAGUAUUUUCUUUGGAGGUGUGGGUACUCGCAGGCUGUUACUGUACUGUUAAAACCUCUCAAUAUGAUUUUUAUCGACCAGUAUUGAUUGAUCGAUCGAUCAGGACACAGCAGGCGUCUUUUUGUUGCUGAUGAUAAUCAGUUGUUUUUGUUUCGUAGCAGAGUUGAGAUGUUUUCAGCAGCGUUGGGUUCGAAGGACCAAACUCAUCAGCACAAAGGAACCCAACCUCCCUCUUCCUCACCCUCCUCACCCUACUCCCCCGUCCAGAUCGCUCACUGUGUACAAAUCUAUUGAUUAUGUCAUUCCUAAAAAAAUGUAAUAAAAUUAAAAAAAAAAAAAAAAAAAAGAUGGAGGUGAUGCAGCAUCUUGUACUGGAAGAAGAAUUAUUAAAGAAACUAAUGACA